UACGAAAAUUUGCAAACAUUCUGCUACUAUUGUGGAAAGAUAGGACACAGUGACAGAGGUUGUGAUCAGAAAAGAGAGGAUAUUAAGAGAAGCACGCUAAAACCUGGUCAAUUUGGGGAAUGGCUAAAAGCCUCUGGGGGAAACUUCUUGGGAAGCAGGGAUAAGACUCCUUCCGAAAACAAUCCUGAUAAAUCCAACAUUCCAGGUAAAUCGGAUGAGUUAGAAGAAACUACCAAAAGCCCUAACUCUAAUGCAAAAAAAAUCCCCACUCAUAAAAACACCUCUGAACCAAUUCCUCAUACAUCAGUAUUCUCUCUAGAUAAUGCCAUGAUAAUUGAACAAUCACCUAUUCAGAAAAUAGACCAAAACAUAAAUACCACCCCACACUUAGUGGACAUCCCCUCUCUUCCCUCACCCACUGAAAACAAAUUACCGGAAUCCUCUGGCCCCUCUGAUUCCCAAAAAGCUAAACCCUUGAGAUCAGUCAAAAUCAACAGAAAACCUCCCUCUAAAAAUAUGCUUGUUGAGGUGGAGAUUCUAAACCAAAGUACACCACUGAACACAAACAACAAAAGAGCUCUCUCUGAUGAUCUUACCUGCAAUAUUCUUGCAACACCUGACACCAAAAAAUUGCCAAGUCGAAUGGGCCGAUUAAGAUUGCUUGCAUCCUCCCAAAAAUCGCUGCUCAAAAUUCUGUGUCGGCGGACCAGUUGCUCUAAUGGAGUCUUAUGUGAGAGACCAUUCCAAUCCCAACGCGCCUUUAUGCAUUCAGCAGCAAACAAUUAUUGGCGCAGUCAGUUGGGAAGACAUGCCGAUUUUGCGACUUAUGAGCUUCUAUUGUCCAAACGGCUUAUUCAUGCCACAGGAUUCCUCGGUUCAGUUGAACAUGAUUAUUAUAAGAUUCUUGGCGUUUCAAACAAUGCCACUCGAGAUGAAAUUAAGGCUGCUUUUCGUUCUCUUGCUAAGAAGUAUCAUCCUGAUGCCAACAAGAAUAAUCCUACUGCCAAGAGAAAAUUUCAAGAGAUAAGAGAUGCAUAUGAGACCUUACAGGAUCCUGAAAAGAAAACCCAAUAUGAUAGGAUAAGAGGGCAAUCAGGAAGAACUGAAAGUUCAGAAUAUCAUAACAGGGACAGGAAUAACUUUAAACGUACACCCAGAGCCGAGUUCUCUGAUUCUUUUCAAAAAAUAUUUUCUGAGAUCUUUGAAGAAGAGACUGAGCAUCUGAAUAAUGAUAUUGAGGUGGAACUUGAGCUUACAUUUUCUGAAGCCGCUGAAGGGUGCAUAAAGCAAGUGUCUGUUGAUGCAGAUUUGCCAUGUGAUAUUUGCUAUGCUCUUGCUUCUCUAAAACUCAAGGAAUAUUGCUUGCUCAAUAGCCCACCAAGAAGCUUUGUCUCUUCCUCUGAUAUAUCUUUAGGAUUUGAUAAGAACAAAAUAUCAAAGAUCGUGGCUUCACCUAUGAGAUUCUCGAUUCAUGGAAUAAAUGCAAAACAAAUGAUUCAAGUCUUUGAUGGUCGAGGCCAUCCAUUGAAUGCUGAGAUGAAAAUAUGCCCAACCUGCCAAGGCUUGGGGAAAGCAACAGUUCCACCGUUUAUAACAACAUGCAGCACCUGCAAAGGACUUGGGCGCAUCACUAAGGAUUAUUGCAAGGCAUGCAAAGGGUCAGGGGUGGGCAAAGGAGUCAUGGAAGUUAAAGUAGCUAUACCUGCAGGUUGUUUUUCCAAGUGUCCUUAUUAUCUCCCUCCUGGCUCUGCUGUGCUUAUUAUUGGUGUGGAAUCUGGUGAUACUAUUCGUGUAGCAAAAGCUGGGAAUUUUGGUAGAGGGGGAAAGUUGCAGAAGAUCUUAAAUUUUCUAGGGAAGGCUCUGACCUUUAUGUGGACACUUGCUAUUCUUGGUGGUAGCGUUGAGGUACCUACACUUUCUGGGAAUAUGCAACUGCAAAUACCCAAGGGGGUUCAACAUGGGCAACUGGUGACACUAAGGGGCAAAGGGUUGCCAACUGGCGGUUUUUUUGUUGGCCGUGGAAAUCAGUAUGUACGCUUCAGCAUCAAGUUUCCUAUAACUGUUACCGAAAGACAACGUGUUAUACUGGAGGAGUUGGAGGAGACUAUAAUUGAUGAAAAUAACAAAAGCCCUGAACGUAGUUGAUUUCUUCAAAGUUGUGGCCUUUCUCUGUUUGUGAAUGAAGUCAUGUGGAGGAAUUGGUAGUUCAGAAGAUGAAAAGGCCAAAUUUUGCCGUUUGCCUCCACAUCAUAGGAUAAGCUCGCAAUUGAUUUACGAGCGGCUAUGUACUGGUUGAACUUACAGGUGGCAGAAUUGGGUUGAACUUGCAACUGCUCAUACGAAGCUCAUACUUGAGAUCUCAGUCAUGCUUUUGCUGAUGUUCCUAUUGCUUGGCUGAAGUCCUGAAAACAACAGCUGCUGCAUGCACGAGCAUACUAUAGAGAUUCAUUGGUGUAUCGGUGCAUGAAUUUUAUCAUCCAUGAGGCGGGCUGUGUGCACAAAUUUUAAGUUAAUUGGUAAGAAAAAGAUUUGGUAAAUACCCAAAAAUAUGAUGCUUGGGCUAGCAAAAACUCAUAAUACGAAAUGGAUCGUGUAACGAAAGAGAUUUUACACCAUGGUGGAGUUUGAUUUUGGGUCAUCUUAUUCCUUCGUAUAGUAUUGUAAUGAAAUUUAUUUUUAUGAUAUAAUAUGUAGAUAAAAUAACUCCAACAGCUCCCUUCCCAUAGGGUUUUUGGAAAUCUGAUGUA